AAGGCUGAACCCCUGUCCUGUGUAAUCCACUGUUCUCCAUCAGGUUUUCUGCCAGGUACUUCAACAAUGCCCCCCCAGUGUUUCAGAGGCUCUUCUUCACCAGUGAAGAGGCGUCGGCUGUUCAGUACGGCCCGCGGAGGAUGAAGCUGCGGGACCUCAUGGGGGCCACAUUGCGCUUCCUCCAGAGUGACUGUGCCAAGUUCCGGAUGCUGUGGGACUGGAGCCCCUGUGUGUCCCAGCUGCUCACCAGUGAUGUCAUAGUGCGAGGGUACACAGCCCAGUGUUUAGCGCUGGUCUCUCAUAUGACUGAUAAUCAGAAAACCAUCUUCCAGAGGAAAGUGCUGACCAGUGAUGAGAUCCUGCACAUGAAACUCAA